AGAGCACUAGUUGUUCCAAAUGUCUUAAAUCAGCUGCUAGGCUGGUAUUUGUGGUAGUCACACUAAACUGCAGUCACCAACUGAAGCAGGAUGAAUGAUGUGAAAAGGAACCAGCUUCACCUGGAUGCUAAUGAGAUGCCUGCCCUUGGCCAGAAAGAGGACAGUGUUCCAGAGAUCACAGGAACUCGAUGUUUGCGGAACCGAGAGCUACUGAGGAAAAGAAAAGCUGAAGCCCAAGAAAGACAAACUGCACAAUGGCUCGGAUCACAGAACCAAAGCAAACGACAAAGAACAGCAAAAGGCCGAGGCCGGCCACAAACUAAAGAAACAAAGAAGGAGCCUCCACUACAAGUUGUGAGAGUGGAAAAGGAAGAAAAAGCAAAGAAGGAACUGCCAUCUCUAGAGCAGCAGAAGGAGCCACUGGUGACUGCUGCCGAGGACUUUCAUUCUACAGAAAACCAAGAAGGGACUAUGAUAGAACAUGCCCCUAAAACAUAUCAGUAUGCAGCUAUGACUCAAGAUUAUGCAACUGAAACAUACCAAGAGACAUCUGAGCCUGAGGAUCUUUCUCCUAAAACACGCCAAGAAACAGCUGUGCCUGAAAAACAUACCUCUACAACAUACCAAGAAACCACUGGGUUUAAAGAGAUGCCUCCUAAAACAUGCCAAGAAGUAGUUGUACCUGAAUCUUUCUCUCCUAAAAGAUAUCAAGAAACAGCUCUUCCUAAAGAUUGCUCUCUGAAAAUACGACAAGAAACAGCUAUCACUGAACGCUAUUCACCUAAGAGAUGCCAAGAAACAGCUGUACCUGAAGAGCUUCCUCCUAAAACAUGCCAGGAAAUGGGUGUGUCUGCAAAAUAUACCCUUGAAACAUACCAAGAAGCAUCUGUACCUGAAGAUCUCUCUCGUAAAACAUGCCAAGAAACAACUGUGCCUGAAAAACAUACCUCUACAACAUACCAAGAAACCACUGGGUUUAAAGAGAUGUCUCCUAAAACAUGCCAAGGAACAGUUGUACCUGAAUCUUUCUCUCCUAAAAGAUACCAAGAAACAAUUCUCCCUAAAGAUUGCUCUCCGAAAAUGUGUCAAGAAACAGCUGUCACUGAAAACCAUGCAUCUAAGAGAUGCCAAGAAACAGCUUUACCUGAAGAGUUUUCUCCUAAAACAUGUCAAGAAAUAGGUGUGUCUGCAAAAUACACCCUUGAAACAUACCAAGAGACAGAUGUUCCUGAAGAUCUCUCUCCUAAAACAUUAAAAGGAAGAGCUAUAACUGAAAAUUCUUCACCUAAAAGAUGCCAAGAAACAACCAUUUAUGAAGCACUUUCUCCUAAAACAUGCCAAGAAAGAGCUGCACCUGAAAAAUACACCCUUGAAACAUGCCAAGAGACAGCUGUCCCAGAAUCUUCCUCUCCUAAAAGAUAUCAAGAAACAGCUGUUCCUAGAGAUUGCUUUCCUAAAACACAUCAAGGAACAGUGAUCGCCGAAAACUAUGCAUCUAAGAGAUGUCAAGAAACAGCUGUGCCUGAAGAGCUGUUUCCAAAAUUGUGCCAGGAAAUGGCUGUGUCUGAAAGAUACACCCUUAAAACAUACCAAGAAACAGUUGUGCCCGAAAAACAUACCUCUAGAACAUGCCAAGGAGCAGCUGUGCCUAAAGAUUGUUCUCCUAAGACAUGCCAGGAAAGGGCUAUGACUGAAAAAGGUGUCCCUAAAAUGUACCAAGAAACAACUGUGUGUGAAAGUAGCUUUCCUAAACCGUUCCAGGAAAUGGAUGCACUUGAGCAACAUACCUCUAAAACAUAUCAAGAAACAGCUGUGCCCAAAGAUCUUCCUCCUAAAACACACCAGGAGAGACCUAUGCCUGAAAAAUAUACUCCGAAAACAUACCAGGAAACAGCUGUACGUGAAGUUCUCUUUACUAAAACAUGUCAGGAGAAAAAUGUGCUUGAAAAACAUGCCCCGAAGAUGUCCCAAGAGAGGGCUGUGGCUAAAGAUCUCUUACCUAAAAAAUGCCAAGAAAGUGAUGGAAUUAAAGAGUAUCCUAUGGAAACACACCAAGAUACAGCUGUGGCCAAAGAUCUCACUCCUAAUAUAAGCCAGAAAAUAUCUGUGCUUGAAAAAUAUUUCCCUAAAACAUACCAAGAAGCAGCUACGCCCACAACUCUCUUGGCUCAAAUACGCCACAAAACAGAUGGUCCGGAAGAAUAUCCUACCGAAACAUACCAAGAAAAUGCUAUGCCUGUAGUUCAGGAUCCUGGAACACACAGAGAAACUGCUAUGGCUAUCAUUUGUCCUCCAAGUAGGCUUCCCCUUUCAUUAAGAUGUUCAAAUAGAAGUGAAGAACUGAAAAAAAUAACAGAAGCAGAGGAACCAGAAAAGCCUGCAAUUCUGAGUCUUUCCCAGGAGAAUAAAGCAGAGAUUGAUUACUAUAGGUUUCAACAACUACCUCAACCAUAAUAGUUUCAAACUAAAGAUAUAGUAUACUAAUAUUUUAAAUGCACAGUUUCUCUGCAUGCAAUCAACUACAGAUCUCUAUAGUAUUUGACAACAACUUGACUCAGGGAUAUUUUCCUGUAUGUACUCUGUAUUUAAUAUAUUUAAAGACCUGGCUUCA